UUCACACACGUCGCGACACAGGGACAUCCGGAGGUGAACGUGACGGGAAAACCAAUCGGAAUCUUGUUCACAACAACACGAUCUCCGUCGAGCUGCCGAAAUAUCCAAAAAAGGCAGCAUGCCAGAAAAAGAAUGGGAAGGCGACUUCGACCCAAUGGCCGACCCAGAAGAGCAGCAACACCUUCUAUCCGUACUAGACUCGUUUCGUUCCUACCGCCGCCUCGCCCACUUCAACGGCACCCACGUGCGCCGACAAGCCUUCUACUCCCUCCCCCAAGAGCACUGGACACUCCUCUCACAACCCCCUUUCUCCCUCCUCGCCUCCUUCAACAAGCUCGACGACCUAAUCGACAGCAAUGCCGAGCUCGCCGAGGCCAUCUUCACAGCAGGCUUCAAAGCCUUCCUCGCCCCGACCAUUGACAGCGAGUGGGUCGCUUCCAUCAUCCCGGCCAAGCACGCAGGCGAUGAGUACCAGAUCUGCUCGACAGUAAUGGACCACAUGAGCGUGCAAACCAACCAAACCGACAUGGAGAAAGCACGGAGCUGCAUCAACCAAUUCUACCGGGAGUGGAGUGCGGAAGGCGCCCUCGAGCGGGCGAAAUGCUUCGAUCCUGUUGUCGCGGCCCUGCACGACGAACACACACGCCGCCUAACCACCACACCGGGCCUAGACAGAUCGGACACGCGCGUCCUCGUCCCCGGCGCCGGACUGGGCCGUCUGGUAUUCGACGUGUGCCGCGCGGGCUACAGCGUCGAGGGGAAUGAGAUCUCGUACCACGAGCUGAUGGCCAGUGCGCUCGUGCUGAACCACACGCAGCGGGUCGGGCAAUUCAGCAUCGCGCCGUUCGCGCUCAACGGGUCGAACCACCAUUCGCGGGCUGAGCAGAUGCAGGCGUUUGCGGUGCCGGAUGUGCAUCCUGGGACUGAGCUGGCGGAUAGGGGGAAGGAUAAGGUGCCGGCGCAUGAGCGGAUGAGUAUGGCGACGGGGGACUUUUGCGUGCUGUACAGCCAGCUUGAGUAUGCGGGCGUGUUUGAUGCGGUGGCGACGGUGUUUUUUAUUGAUACGGCGCCGAAUGUUAUUCGGUAUGUUGAGGCUGUGCGGAAUUGUUUGAAGGCGGGGGGUGUGUGGAUUAAUCUUGGGCCUUUGCUGUGGCAUCAUGCUUCUCGUGGCGGUGGGGAAGAAGACGACGAACAGAAGCGGAAGAAGAGGAGCCAAGUCGCUGAUGCAGGGAUCGGCGACCCGGGGUCUGUCGAACUAACAAACGACGAGGUCGUGGCACUUGUCGAGCAUCUGGGGUUUGUGAUGGAGAAACAAGAGAGCGGCACGUUUGAAACGGGAUAUAUCUCUAAUCCGAAGAGUAUGCAGCAGAGUACAUAUCGGCCCGUGUUUUGGAUAGCGAGGAAGAAGUAGUAGUGAUAGAAGGAUGAAAGCAACAUAAACCGAACAAAGGAUGGAUUGAGGUGUGCAUGCCGACUCGGCUGAUCUUCUAUCAUACCACUAGAAGAAUAAACACACCCACCAUCAUACUCCCCACAUUCAAUUAUU